AUGGAUUAUAGCCAAUUAGACGCGAACAUUAAUGGCAACAUUAACACGGGCAACAUCAAUACGAAUGAUUUUCUCGCCAUAUUCUCAUCAACAAGUCCCACCGAUGCGCUCCUCAACCCGCCACUACUAACCGUCGAUGGCGCCAUCACCACACUUAGUCCGAAUAAUUAUGUCAAUGACAGUUACUAUUUUUUGAAUAGCAACUUUUAUAACAGUAGUACGAGUUUUAGUGGCGGCAAUUAUAGCAAUCAAACGUUAACGGGUAUGGUGGCGAAUCUGUCGUCGGGUAAUGUAACAGAAGUGCAAUGGGACGGCCGCUAUCCGAGUGGUUAUACGCUGCCGCAAAUUGUGAUUGCUUCGGUUAUAGUGACUGUAUUGAUGAUAAUCAUCGUUGUGGGCAAUAUGCUGGUCAUCAUUGCCAUUGCGACGGAGAAAUCGCUGAAGAAUAUACAAAAUUGGUUCAUUGCCUCGCUGGCGGUGGCGGACUUCUUUCUCGGUCUCAUCAUAAUGCCCUUUUCGCUGGCGAACGAAUUGAUGGGCUAUUGGAUAUUCGGUAGUUGGUGGUGUGACAUACACUCAGCCAUGGAUGUGCUGCUAUGCACGGCGUCCAUUAUGAAUUUGUGUUUGAUAUCGUUGGAUCGUUACUGGAGCAUCACGAAGGCGGUGGACUAUCUCAAGUCGCGUACGCCGGCGCGUGCAGCAAUUAUGAUUGCCGCUGUGUGGAUAAUGUCGGCGUUGAUUUGCAUACCGCCGUUGCUGGGAUGGAAGAAGAAAAUGCCGGAGGGACCGUUGCCGAAAUGUGCGUUUUAUUUCACCGAGGAUCUGCUCGUCUGGCUCAACGCAGCUGCGUUAUCCUUCUGGGAUUAUAUUACCACAUUUGGCUGGUGGCCCCUGCGUAUGAUUGCUGCCUGA